CAGGAUCUCCCUCCGAUGUGGUCCCUAUGUGCGCGUCCAUAGACAUCUGUGUCAGGUGGAUGCCAUCUUGAGAAGCGUGAUCGGAAUGUCGAAAGCAUCAGUUCCGUUCGCGGACCCGACGCGAGGCGACGAUGCAGCGCGACAACCGGCGACAACCAUCGCGGACCAGUCGCGUGCAGCCGGCAUUGGCGCCGAGAACAUCAAUGACUUCCUCGAUCGCCAGCCCCCUGCCAUUCUCAACCGUCUCUUUGCCAAGCCCGCCAGCUGCCUUGCCAUCUUCCGCCUGUUGCCCGUGCUCGCGCGCCAGCUCGUCAUGCAGAUGCUCUUCAUGGACGCGCCGCUCGCUCUCGCCGAUUGGAACGCGCAGCUGACCAAGGAGGGUAGGCGUCUGCGAGAACGGACGAUGAAGCGCCUCAAGAGCCUCUGCAUCAUCCGUGAAAGUGGUAGCAACAGCAACAAGCUCCUGCAGAUGAAUGGCGUCUUCCAGGAGAACAUGCGGUGUGCGCUGAUCGGCGGAGGAGAUCAUCGUUCGUUCGGCGUGCUUUCCCAUACGGUCGACCAGCACGCCGUGGACAUUGCCUUCCUUGACAAUCACGCCAAGGCCAAAUGGGAGGCUAUCUUGCACUUUCUGGUCGGAUCAGAAGGCUUCGAGGCGCCACGUGAGCCGGUGCUCUACCUAUUGAAACAGUCUGGUCUGAUGCAAAAAGGGAACGCAUCAGCACCCAGUGUCGCGGGACCAAGCACGUUUUCCGGCACCAACCGAGCCACUUCACUCAAGAUUACAGCUCGUGGGUUCCAAUUUCUGCUGGAAGACGUCAACACGCAAUUAUGGGACUUGCUCCUGCAAUAUCUCGCGCUCGCCGAGCCGCGCGGCAUGGACUUGGUCGAAGUCAUGUCCUUCCUCUUCAUGCUUGGCUCCCUUGAGCUGGGGCGCGACUACUCGACAGAGGAGCUCUCGGAAACGCAACUGCAUAUGCUGGAAGAUUUUCGUGACUAUGGCCUGGUGUAUCAGCGGGCAGGCAGCAGUCGACGCUUCUACCCUACGCGUCUCGCGACAUCUCUCACCUCGAAUGCCUCGCCGAUUGUGAACAGCAUCGACGAAGCGCACGAAGAAAAAGGCUAUAUCAUCCUCGAGACCAACUAUCGCGUGUACGCGUACACGUCUAACCCACUGCGCAUCGCCGUGCUCAACCUGUUCGUGACGCUUAAGUCGCGCUUCCCCAACCUCGUCAUCGGCAUCAUCACACGUGAUAGCAUCAAAUCCGCGCUGGCGAAUGGCAUCACCGCCGAGCAGAUCAUCGCGUACCUCACGCACCAUGCGCAUCCACAGAUGUGGAAGAGCGACACAUUGCUCCCCGUCACAUGCACUGACCAGAUACGACUGUGGGAAAGAGAGAAGAAUCGCGUCGCCGCACAGCAGGGCAGCUUGUACACAGACUUCACCAGCUAUGCGGAUUUCGAGCUGGUCAGGAACUAUGCGAGGGAGUCCGGUGUCUUACUGUGGGAGAGCGAGGAGACCAGAAGAUUCUUCGUCAGCGCAGAGGGCACUGGUCCAAUACGAGACUUUAUCAAGCGCCGACUCGUAUAAACACGCCUGCAUUCACCUUGCCCGCCAUGGGACACCCACGCGGGCAAUGUGCAUUCGUCUUCCUUUCCCUUUGAAUGCACCCAUCUGUAGCAUAGACCUAUCCAUCGCACGCAUAAUUUGAACGUCCAACCAGACGAGUAAAGCAAC